AAGACUCAUCCUCAACCUUCUUGACUCUCUCUAGUCUUCUCUACAAAUUUUACAUGUGUAUCUAUAUAAACCCUAACACCAUUUUUCAUCAUCAAAAAAACUCAAAGUGCUAAACAAUCACACUACACAAUCAACAUCCAAAAUUUUAUUGACUAGUAACAAGUUUAAAGAAGAAACAGAGUAAAUGGCUUCAAAGGCAAUCCUGGGCUGCAUGGCUUCUCCUUUGCUUUCUUCGCAUUCUUCUUCUAAAACUUCUCCGAAAAGCUCUGUUUUCUUUCCGAAACCUUCUAGCUUCGUUCACAAUGUGAAGCUAAGGCCUCGAAAAACUAGGGUUCAAGCUGCUCAAGAUGGAGGAGAUGGUAAAGAGAGUGCGGUAGAAGUUCACCGUACUUCCAGUCCACAGAACAAUAACGAGGUAACUUCCGUUCAACAACGAUCACGGCCUUUGGCACCCAGUAUCUCGCCUUUCGGUUUAUUGGAUCCGCUUUCUCCAAUGAGGACAAUGAGACAAAUGAUGGACACCAUGGACCGGAUGUUCGAGGAUGCAUUUUCGACAUCUCUGAUGCCCGGGACAAUGGACGUGCGGUCUCCCUGGGACAUUCAACAGACCGAAAACGAAAUUCGAAUGAGGUUCGACAUGCCUGGCCUUUCUAAAGAAGACGUGAAUGUCACAAUUGAGGAUGAUGAUGUCCUUGUUAUCAAAGGGAAUUACAAGAAAGAAGAGAGUGGCGACGGAGAUGGAUCCUGGCGGAACCAGAGUUAUAGUAGCUACAAUUCGCGGCUUCAGCUGCCUCAGGACUGCGAGAAAGACAAGAUCAAAGCAGAGCUCAACAAUGGGGUGCUUCUCAUUACAAUCCCCAAGGCUAAAGUUGAACGCAAAGUGGUUAAUGUUAACAUCGAGUGAUUUGUGAUGCUUGUGAAAACAUGAGGCUUAAUUAUCUGUCUGUAUAUUUUGGUCUUUUUUUUUUGUCUCCGUAAUCUUGAAUAAAUACUUUAUGAUGAGGCUUGUAAAAAUUAUCAUGUGAAAUGUUGGGUUUUCCCCUA